CCAUUGAAAGCAAGCCCGGAACAGCCGGAGAAUGUCCACCCCGAGCAGAUUCAAAAAGGACAAAGAGAUCAUAGCCGAGUAUGAAAGUCAAGUGAAAGAGAUCCGAGCUCAGCUGGCGGAGCAGCAAAAAUGCCUGGAGCAGCAGACGGAGAUGCGGGUUCAGCUGCUCCAGGACCUGCAAGACUUCUUCCGGAAGAAAGCGGAAAUCGAGACGGAAUAUUCCCGGAACCUGGAGAAGCUGGCGGAAAGGUUCAUGGCCAAAACGAGAAGCACCAAGGAUCACCAACAGUUCAAGAAAGAUCAGAACCUGUUGUCUCCGGUGAACUGCUGGUAUUUGCUCCUGAACCAAGUGAGGAGAGAAAGCAAAGACCACGCCACCCUGAGCGACAUCUAUCUGAACAACGUCAUCAUGCGGUUCAUGCAGAUAAGCGAGGAUUCCACCCGGAUGUUUAAAAAGAGCAAGGAGAUUGCAUUCCAACUGCACGAGGACUUAAUGAAGGUUCUUAAUGAGCUCUACACGGUGAUGAAGACAUACCACAUGUACCACGCCGAGAGCAUCAGUGCAGAGAGCAAGCUGAAAGAAGCCGAGAAGCAAGAGGAGAAGCAAAUUGGGAGGUCCGGAGACCCCGUCUUCCACCUCAGACUAGAAGAGCGGCAUCAGAGGCGCAGCUCCGUGAAGAAAAUUGAAAAGAUGAAGGAAAAGAGACAAGCAAAAUAUUCAGAAAAUAAGCUGAAAUCAAUUAAAGCAAGGAACGAGUAUCUCCUGACACUCGAAGCAACCAACGCCUCAGUGUUCAAGUAUUACAUUCACGAUCUUUCAGACUUAAUCGACUGCUGUGAUCUUGGCUACCAUGCAAGUCUGAACAGAGCCCUCAGAACGUACCUCUCGGCAGAGUACAACCUUGAAACCUCCAGACACGAAGGCUUGGACAUUAUUGAAAAUGCUGUUGACAAUUUAGAGCCAAGGAGUGACAAGCAGAGAUUCAUGGAGAUGUACCCUGCUGCCUUCUGCCCACCAAUGAAGUUUGAGUUCCAGUCUCAUAUGGGUGAUGAGGUGUGUCAGGUCAGCGCCCAGCAGCCAGUCCAGGCAGAGCUCAUGCUCCGGAACCAGCAGCUGCAGUCCCGGCUGGCCACACUCAAGAUCGAGAAUGAGGAGGUCAAGAAAACGACUGAAGCCACCCUCCAGACGAUCCAGGAUAUGGUCACUAUCGAAGACUACGAUGUGUCUGAGUGCUUCCAGCACAGCCGGUCCACGGAGUCCGUCAAGUCUACCGUGUCUGAAACCUACCUGAGUAAACCCAGCAUCGCCAAGAGACGCGCUAACCAGCAAGAAACCGAGCAUUUCUACUUCAUGAAACUCCGAGAGUUUUUGGAAGGCAGUAAUCUCAUCACAAAACUUCAAGCUAAGCAUGACUUGCUGCAGAGGACUCUUGGAGAAGGUCAUAGAGCUGAAUAUAUGACUACAAGGCCUCCAAACGUCCCCCCUAAGCCCCAGAAACACAGGAAGUCCAGGCCCCGCUCCCAGUAUAAUGCUAAGUUGUUUAAUGGGGAUUUGGAGACAUUCGUCAAGGACUCAGGCCAGGUUAUCCCUCUUAUUGUGGAAAGCUGCAUUCGGUUCAUUAAUCUCUAUGGUCUUCAGCAUCAGGGGAUUUUCAGAGUGUCUGGUUCCCAGGUGGAAGUGAACGAUAUCAAAAAUUCCUUCGAGAGAGGUGAAAACCCUUUGGCCGAUGACCAGAGCAACCACGAUAUUAACUCUGUGGCCGGAGUUCUGAAGCUCUACUUCCGGGGGCUGGAAAACCCCCUCUUUCCCAAGGAAAGGUUUAAUGACCUGAUUUCUUGUAUCAGAGUAGAUAAUCUCUAUGAGAGAGCGCUUCACAUCCGCAAACUGCUCCUGACCUUGCCCAGGUCGGUCCUUAUAGUGAUGAGAUAUCUGUUUGCCUUCCUCAAUCACCUUUCCCAGUACAGUGACGAGAACAUGAUGGACCCUUACAAUCUGGCCAUUUGCUUCGGCCCAACGCUGAUGCCCGUCCCAGAGAUACAGGACCAAGUAUCUUGCCAGGCACACGUGAACGAAAUCGUGAAGACCAUCAUCAUCCAUCAUGAGACCAUCUUCCCAGAUGCUAAAGAGCUGGAUGGCCCCGUGUAUGAGAAAUGUAUGGCUGGGGGUGACUACUGCGACAGCCCAUACAGUGAGCAUGGUACACUGGAGGAAGUGGACCAAGACGCCGGCACCGAGCCCCACACCAGCGAAGACGAAUGUGAGCCAAUCGAAGCAAUAGCCAAGUUUGACUAUGUCGGGCGGUCUGCUAGAGAGCUGUCCUUCAAGAAGGGUGCGUCCCUCCUGCUGUAUCACCGCGCCUCUGAGGACUGGUGGGAAGGCAGACACAACGGCAUUGAUGGGCUCGUCCCUCAUCAGUACAUAGUGGUGCAGGACAUGGAUGAUACAUUUUCAGACACUCUGAGCCAAAAAGCUGACAGUGAAGCCAGCAGCGGGCCAGUCACUGAAGACAAGUCUUCAUCCAAGGACAUGAACUCUCCAACUGACCGCCAUUCUGACAGCUAUUUAGCCAGGCAAAGAAAAAGAGGAGAGCCACCCCCUCCAGGAAGACGUCCCGGCAGGACCAGUGAUGGCCAUUGUCCCCUUCAUCCCCCACAUGCUCUUUCUAACUCCUCAAUUGAUCUGGGGUCCCCAAACCUAGCCAGUCACCCCAGGGGCCUGUUGCAAAAUCGCGGCCUCAAUAAUGACAGCCCUGAGCGACGGCGACGGCCAGGCCAUGGCAGCCUGACCAACAUCAGCCGCCAUGACUCCCUCAAGAAGAUUGAUAGCCCUCCUAUCAGGAGGUCUACAUCAUCAGGACAAUACACAGGCUUCAAUGACCACAAGCCACUGGACCCAGAAACAAUUGCUCAGGAUAUCGAAGAGACCAUGAACACUGCUUUGAACGAACUCCGUGAGCUAGAAAGACAGAGCACGGUGAAGCAUGCCCCCGAUGUCGUGCUGGACACCUUGGAGCAAGUGAAAAACUCGCCCACCCCUGCAACUUCCAUGGAAUCUCUAAGCCCCCUGCACAACGUCGCCCUCAGGAGCUCAGAGCCUCAGAUUCGCCGGAGCACGAGCUCGUCCAGUGAUACGAUGAGUACUUUCAAGCCGAUGGUGGCGCCCAGGAUGGGCGUGCAGCUGAAGCCCCCAGCCCUUAGGCCAAAGCCUGCUGUUCUUCCAAAAACAAACCCUACUGUAGGGCCCGCCGCACCUUCCCAGGGUCCCACAGACAAGUCUUGCACGAUGUAGAAACCAAGGUCCUGA